ACUACUACUACUACUACUACUACUACUACGACUACUGAUGGGCAGCCAAAAGCGGUGAUGGCUUUUGCUGAUUGGGGAUGGGAAGGUUUUCUUGCAGAGGCAAGCUAUAAUUAUAGUAAGUGUAAGGAAGGCAAUGGUACUAGUAGUGGAAUAAACUGUUCGGUUUGGAAAGAAUUUCGGAAGGAUACUCCCAGUAAACCCAACUCCAUUAACCAUCAGGAUCAACCCACAACAGAACUUGGAGAAUCAAACAGCGUUGAAGCAAGGCCAGGAAGUCCAGAGCCAGCAACUGUUGUUGGUACAGUGCAGCCUUCAACAACAGAUCAACACACUAACAAGCCUCCAUCGAGUGAUCCUGCUCAAGACGGUGCUGCGAUUAAUGAUUCUCUCAACACAGAAAAUCAAGUAACAGAAGGGAAUACAUCGACAAAUGAUAAUGCUACACUUGGUGUCUCAACUCAAUCUACGGAUAACACCAACCAAUCUCAAGCUUCAGAUACGACUGCACCUAAUUCAACUGCUGCCCCAUCAGACUCACAAGAAACCAAUUCCACUGUUCCGCCGAGCUCCGAUAACACUACCACAGAAGCACCAACCACCACACCAUCUCCUGUUCCCAACGCAGAGAUCAACAACAACGUCGCUUCCACCGUGCAGAGGAACAAGGGUAAUGCUGACAGCAGUGUCAGUCCUGUUUGGAUGCGCACUGCAGCACCGCUACUAAUUGUGGCUGUGGUGUUCUCUGCUACUGUGUACUGA